AAAUAUGGCAGGGUGACAAGGGGUUUUUUUUGUCCUCGUAUUCUUGCCCUAGCAAUAAGAAGCGACACCGUGACAACUGGCCCACUCUUCGCUGCUCCAGCGUGGAGGCAAUAUCGCUGAGGUACAACGAAAAGGAGCGCAACAAGGGCGAUAUUAAAGGAUUCUACACCCUUUCCAGACGAGUUAACCCUGCCUUCAGGUUCGGGGAAUAUGUGUGAGGAUGAGUCAGAGAGAUACACUAAUCCAUCUCUUUGCUGGAGGAUGCGGGGGUACGGUAGGGGCGAUUCUGACAUGUCCGUUGGAGGUGGUGAAGACGAGGCUACAGUCUUCCUCCGUCACUCUCUACGUCUCUGAGGUCCAGCUCAGCACCGUCAACGGAGCCAGCGUGGCCCGCGUGGCCCCCCCGGGGCCCUUACACUGUCUCAAGCUCAUUCUUGAGAGAGAGGGUCCUCGGUCUUUAUUUAGGGGGCUGGGGCCCAACCUGGUGGGCGUGGCUCCGUCUAGGGCUAUUUACUUUGCUGCAUACUCCACGGCCAAAGAGAAGCUGAACGGAGUGUUUGAACCUGACUCCACACAAGUGCACAUGCUCUCUGCUGGGAUGGCAGGGUUCACAGCCAUCACGGCGACCAAUCCCAUUUGGCUCAUCAAGACACGCCUACAGCUGGACGCCAGGAAUCGCGGGGAGCAGCGGAUGAGCGCGUUCGAGUGUGUACGGCGCGUUUACCGGUCGGACGGCUUACGGGGCUUUUACCGCGGCAUGUCGGCGUCUUACGCCGGAAUCUCAGAGACUGUGAUCCACUUUGUGAUCUAUGAGACCAUAAAACGUCGCCUCCUAGAGGCCAAGGCCUCCGCGCACAUGGACGAGGAGGAGGAGGCGUCAAAGGACGCGUCGGACUUUGUGGGAAUGAUGCUUGCGGCCGCCACCUCCAAAACCUGUGCCACCUCCAUCGCCUAUCCACACGAGGUGAUCAGGACGAGACUGAGAGAGGAGGGGACCAAGUAUCGUUCCUUCUUCCAGACUCUGACCAUGGUGGUGCGCGAGGAGGGUUACCGGGCUCUUUACCGCGGCCUGACCACACACCUGGUCCGCCAGAUCCCCAACACCGCCAUCAUGAUGUGCACCUACGAGGUCGUCGUCUACCUCCUCAGCCGCUAACCUUUGGCCUUUGACCUCCUCACCUACUGGAACAGCGUCGCUACCGUUACCGUUACAGCAAGCAGCUAACAGAUGGAAAUCCGCCUCAGAAUAAUGACGGAGGAAGAAGUGGGAUAGACGGUGGAUGUUUUUUUUUUUGUUGUCGUUUUUUGUUUUUGUU